UUCCUCUCUCUCUACUACUAGGGUUUUAUUUUUUUUUGGUGUUGUUUUUUCACAAAUUUAGGUAGAGUUGGGAGUACCAAGUGAGGAAAGGAGGAUCAGGGAGUACCUGAAGAAGAGAUCAAGAGAGGAGGGAAAUUAAAAAAGAGGGCAUUUUUGGGUAAGAAUUAAAUUAAGAUUAAGAGGGAAGAGGGGUAAAAAUUGGAACUUUUUAAAGGAAAAAAUAUGGGAAGAGGAAGAGUGGAGCUGAAGAGGAUAGAGAACAAGAUAAACAGGCAGGUGACAUUUGCAAAGAGAAGAAAUGGGCUUCUCAAGAAGGCUUAUGAACUCUCUGUUCUUUGUGAUGCUGAAGUUGCUCUCAUCAUCUUCUCCAACCGUGGCAAGCUCUAUGAGUUUUGUAGCACUUCCAACAUGCUCAAAACGCUCGAACGCUACCAAAAAUGUAGUUAUGGAGCGGUGGAGGUCACGAAACCGGCCAAAGAACUCGAGAGCAGCUAUAGAGAAUACUUGAAGCUGAAGUCGCGGUUUGAGUCUCUACAACGAACUCAGAGAAACCUUCUUGGUGAGGAUUUGGGUCCAUUGAACUCAAAGGAGCUUGAGCAGCUAGAGCGUCAGCUAGAGUCUUCUUUGAAGCAAGUUAGGUCCACUAAGACUCAGUACAUGCUGGACCAGCUGUCUGAUCUUCAGAACAAGGAACAAAUGCUGAUUGAAACCAACCGAGCUCUGACAUUAAAGCUGGAAGAAAUAAGUUCAAGAAACAACAUAAGGCUAACAUGGGAUGGUGGAGAUCAAAGCAUGUCAUAUGGUCCACAGAAUGCCCAAACUCAAGGCUUCUUCCAGCCUCUAGAUUGCAAUCCCACUUUGCAAAUUGGGUACACUGCUGCUGUAUCAGACCAGAUGACAGCCUCCACUGCCCCAACUCAUGCCCAACAAGUCAAUGGCUUCCUCCCUGGUUGGAUGCUUUGAAAACCAAAACCAUUUCUCUCUCUCUAUUUUGUACUUUUGCCUUUUUUUUUUACCUUUUUUUUUUCCAUGCACUUUGCUACCAACCCUUUGCAAAAUUGUUAAUAAGCAUUGUAUUUUACCUUAUUUUAGACCUUUAUAAAAAAAGCCCAGAAAAAAAAAGAAGAAAAAAGGUGGUCCUGUGGAGGGCAAUGGAAGAUGGGGGAAGAAAUGGAAAAAAUGGAGGAAAAAAACAAAGGUUGCCCACAGACAAAUUUGAAGGACUUGUUGUAUCAAGAACAUAUGAUAUUUACUUGUAUUAUCUUUUGGAAUUUUAAGAUGCUUUGGGUUUUGAAUUGCUUCUCCUUUUGUAUUGUGGUUGCGGUUUGUGUAUUUUUGGAAUUAGGGAUGGAAUUACUUUAUUGAGAA